ACUAUUACUAUAUUACUAUAUUACUAUAUUAUUGUUGGUUUGUUUAUGGUUUGUUGUAAUAUGAAAGAACUAAUGAACUACUUUCAACUUCCUUCGUCAGAUCUAUUUCUAGCCAAUUAUUCGAAUUACUACUCGAAAUUAGACAAUCUAUUAACUGAUAAUGUCGUUUUUAAAAAAACCAUUUUAAAAUAUCAUAUGGAAACCUCAACUGGUAAAUUUAUUACAAUAUUAUCGAUCAUUCUAUUAUUUUCUAUAAUAUUUUACCAUAUAAUAUUAGAAAUUGGAGUUUUAUUAAAAAUUUGGAGCCACCCAACUGCUGACGUUUUUGUUUAUAAACCAGUUCACUGUGCUCAUGUUUAUAUCAAUUUAAAUUUCAUUAAAAGGAAAUCAUUGAUUGAUCAUAAAAUUGAUUUUGGAAAUAUCUCUAAUGAGAAAAACUUGAACAAAUUAUAUAAUGUAUUCUAUAAAGAUAAAUCAUCAAGCUCAUUAAAAUUGUUGAAGAAACCAUUGAAAUAUCAUAUUGAGUUUGCUCCUGAUGAUUAUAACGAAAAGGACCCAGAAUUGGGCACAACUUUGAAAUUCUUAAGAAAUAAAAUCAUGCAAUUAUUUUACGAAAGUAAAUUUUAUAAUAAUGAUGAGUUUUCAAAUAAUAUUGGUCCUAAAAAGUUGAAAAUUGAUCUUAAAGAUAUCAAGAUUUUUCAUAAGAAGGAAGAGGUUCCGAUUGAAAAAGAUAACGAACCCUUGUGUUUGGUUGAUAUUAAUACUGGCAAUACGGCUGAUGCCAUAAUAUUAAUCUAAUAUCGAUCCAAUUAAUUCACUUCUUAUACUUGUAUUCAAAUUUUCGAAUUUGUGUUAUUUUUUCAUUAUUCUUUAAAUCUUCAAUGUAA